CGUGCUUCAAAAUGACACUGCACUUCUGCGAUUCAUUCCUAACGUGAUUUUUUUUUUGUUUACUCUCAGUUCCCGCAGGACGCACUGAAAGUAUCAGUCCAGCAAAUUAAUAGUGCCAAUCGUAAUGGCUGAAAACGACUAUUUCGGCUUAGAACUACUUUUCAAAUCGGUAGAGGCAACAAUUCAGACAAAAUCAGAUGUUCUAAUCGCCGUUGUUCAUUGGUAUCUCAUCAAAAAUUCGUUCCGUAAUGUCGGUAUUGGUGACGAUAAAACUUUAUCGGAUGGAGAAGAAACAAGCGAACUUUUACCGGACGGAUGGAACAGUAAUCCGCAUUCGUAUUCGUUGCGAUACAUGAACAAUGGCCAGUUAUAUAUACUCCAUGGAAUCGACAGCGAGGGAACCAUGAUUGUCAAUCUGUUGCAGGUUAAAACAUUAAAUGUAUCGAAUACCACAUUUCAAAUUGAAGACACCGUUAAAGCAGUUAAAGGAUCAGCAACAACCAUGAUUACUGAGUUGCCCUCUGUGUUGGAUCGAAUUCGAAUGCAGCUGCUGGUCCCGGUUUUUGAAAGUAAUAAAAAAGACGGUGAAACACAAACUGCACAGUCGAGCAAGGAACCGGUGAAAACCGAACGAGAACCAUCUUCGUUGAUAAUUGGUCCAAGACUACCGGGAAGGCUACCAGGAUCGGAUCCCUUGGGAGUCGGUAACGUAGGCCGUGGUGAUCUAGAUCCGUUUGGGCGUGGCGGGGGUGGUAUGAUUUUUGAACCACCCGGUGGAUUCAACCCGCUGGGAAACCUAAGGCAACCUGGCCCUUUCGGUAAUAUCCCGGGAGCCCGUUUUGACCCAUUUGGACCGGUAGUCGGAAACAAUCCACGACAGUUCCGCAAUCCCGACCCCAACCCGGAUCAUCUGCCGCCACCCGGUUACGACGAUAUGUUUAUGUGAAUGGAAAAUGCUGACAAGGAUUUUAUGGUUGAAGUGAAUUAUAAUUAUGCGUUUAUUGAGCGUCAUAUAAAUAAAGGAAUGUUUGAAUGAUUACAA